CGUGUCGCGUUGGCCAGCAUCCAGUUCCUCUAAAAACAGUUAUUGCCAAAUAAGAAACUCGUCUCUCUUACAAACGAACUGAUUUGACCAAAAAUCAAAGUGUCUCAGUGCCAAAAAGUGAACUAAAAUCACAAAAACAUUUAAAAUGGAUACACUCUCACCAAACAGCGGCUCCAAGUCGAGCUCCAGCGGCAGUUCGGCGGCCAGUUCCUCCAUGGAUCUGGGCAAGCAGCAGCAGAAGGAGCUGCACCAUCACCUCCACUCCAGGAGCGGACCCAAAAAACUGUCCCGCUCCCGGAGCCUGCUGCAGCUGCUCAGCAAGCACUUGGGCAGGCACUUCCACCAUCAACACCAUUUGAAUGAAACCGUCUACAGCAGCCAGGACGACAUUCGCAGCAGCUCCACAGACUCCUUCAGCCUGAGCUACGAGCGCGGCAGCCACGAGUGUCCCAUCAAUGGAUCCAGCUUGGAUUUGGAGCACACCUCCAGGACCUCGAGUGCCUCGGCCUGUUCGCGGUACUCGCCUGGCCUGGACUUUUACGAUCAGCAGGGCCACAUCUAUGUGGACGCAGUCUACCGACCAGGCAGCGCCAUGGAGCAACUGCAUCCGCAGCUGCAGUUCGAGGAGGACAGCAGCGAGGGCAGCUGCAACGAGGGCGAGGAUGAGGGCACAGAUGAAAACGAGAACGAGAACAGCAAGCCCCGAUCCGCAUCCGCCGCCUCAGCCACCAAGUCCACCGGCCUCCACCUCAGCCGGAUCUCCAUCUCGUCGUCGGUGAGCCGGAUGUUGCAGCACUUCUCCAGCCCCACGGGCAACUCCUCCCUGCGGUCGCUGUCCUGCAGCAGCACUCCGCUCCGGCAGCCCAAGAAGUCCCUGUCGCCCCACAACUCCAACAGCAGCAGCAGUAGCAGCCACUCCAGCAGCUCCAAGUCCUGCGGCGCCCCAGCCUCCAAGAAGGAGAAGAAGCAGCAGAGCAUCCUGCGGCCGCCAGUCCAGUACGUCUACAUGAAGGGCAUGUCGGGCCUCUACUCCCGGGUGCCCAGCUACGCGGUCUGCUAUCCCUACACCCUCCAGCACAUGUAUUAGACAUCCACUUAGAGUAAAUAGGACAUAAGGGUAAAUCGGGGCAAGCUGAAAGCUGGUUGGGGGUCUUGAGAAUAUAAAUUUAGGAAUUCCUAGUGAUGUACGAGUAGUGCCUGAAAAUUGAGAUCUGAAUAGCGGAAAGGGUUAAAUGGGAAGACAGAAUAAUAUAUACAGCGAACA